AUGGCGGUGACCGUGAAUAGUGGAAAUGCCCCUGUGUCGGACACUCAAGCCUCAACCUCGGCUGAUCGGAGCUAUGAAGGUUCAACAUUUCAGUACAGCAUGCUCCUGGAGCACCUCAUCGGGGAGAAGAGGCCAAUUAAGGAUCUGAAUCCGACCGUUAUGGGGGGUCUUCCCAAUCCCAUGAAAACCGACGACCAGAAGAUGAUCGAACGGGGAAUGGAGAGCUGUGCUUUCAAGGCGGUGUUGGCCUGUGUUGGAGGUUAGCCAGUCUUUCACUAUUGUCGAUGAUAUUACAAAUGUGUCAUGCAUUUGCAUGAGUUACUGUACACUUCAUAGUUGCAACUAGCCUCUAGAUUUGUCCAUCCAUGGACGACCGAGCAAUAGAGGAUAAGUUGCAACGUGCUUGGUGCAUUUGUGUUUUGGGGGUGUAGCUACUGGAAAUAAAUACCCCACGGUGACAGCUGAUUGCAACUAGUAGUUUCUCUCUGCAUGCAGGAGGCCGACUACUUAUAAUGCACACAGUUGUUCCAAAUGAUUGAUCUUUAAUGUGUUGGUAGCUUAGCAAUCUCCCUUGCUGUCUAUGAUAUUGCUCAUUCUCACAAUAAGGUAUACUAGUAACAGUACUAUUUCCAUAGUUGAUGUAGCUAACACAAUCUUGUGACACUGUUUUCUCUAAAGGGUUUGUUCUUGGGGGAGCGUUUGGUGUGUUCACGGCUGGUAUAGACACCAACGUGGGAUUUGACCCCAAAGACCCCAUGAGAACACCCACGGCCAGAGAGGUUCUCAAAGACAUGGGCCAGAGGGGAAUGUCCUACGCCAAAAACUUUGCUGUUAUUGGGGCAAUGUUCUCCUGCACAGAGUGCAUAAUUGAAUCGGUAGGUUGUCUUCUGACGCUUUCUUUUUUUUCUGCUAAAAUGCAUCAGAAAUAAUAAUAUGCUAACUAAGAGAGUAGCAAAGUGAAAGUAGUCUGUUGAUUGUCAGUGGACUGGUGGAACUACAGAUAUAUUGAAACUCAGCACUGGGUCCAUCCUUAUUCUGGCAAGCGUGUAAAUGCAUCACAAGCACGAGACAGCCUGUGAUGUUUAGACAACUUGCGGGACCUUAACGUUGUCUUGCAUAUCAAUCAUCAACAAAUCAUAUGUAAGCACAAACCACAAAAAGUUAUGUUCAACAAAUCAUGGGAACUUUGAUCUUCUAGGCUAAUGGGUGUUGAUGAAAUGAAUACCGUGAACAUGUAAUUGUGGUUUGGAAAAUACCAAAGAGAAUGUGAAAAAUCUGUGGAAAUUAGGUCUUCACGGGUCCAAAAAGUUGGACCCUAUCCGAAAUGUAUCUGUGUCUUUCCCACCUGACCCGAUAUGCAUAAAUAAAUAAACUGAGGCCUGCUUCGAAUGGACCCGAGGACAGUCAGACCCAUUCCGAAAAGGACCAUGCUGGUUCGGAGCCGAGAGACCCGUUCAGAUCUGAGAGUAGGAAGAGCGAGAAAAAUAAACUGCCAGAGCAUCAAUAAAGAGCCAUCAAUAAAUAAGAGAUAUUAGCCAAAUGAUCCACAGUUACGUGUCCUUAACUGCCUACAACAAAUUACAAAAACUAUUUGUUUUGUUUCGAUUUAUAGCAUAUUCAAAACUUUAUAGUCUAUUGUUUUUAUUGGUUUUUACUUUCCUAAAACAAUAAUAGUCUAACUCACGGUUCAGCUGUCGGAGAUUUGAGCGCUAAAUGCAUCAGGGCAUUGCAUGCAUAUAGGCCUAUGUAUGAUAUUAAUAUUUAUAAAAUAUGUUCCCGACAUCGACAUACAUAGGCCUACUUGUCAGAUAGGUUGAUGAUUGAUUAAUGUGUAUUUUCUGUAAUUUAUGUAAUUCAGGACUCAUCUGUAAAAGAGACCUUGGUAUCAGUAUGACUCCCUGAUAAUAUAAAGGUAAAAUAAAAUAGGCUACUACUGCUAUACAGAUAUAGGCGUACAGAAGGAUGCUAAUUUGUUAAUUUUUGAUCCAAAUAUUUUUCAUAUAGAGAAGUAUUAUAUUGUUAGAUUAAAGGAGUAACAUAGGUAGGCCUAAAACAUUCUUCCUCAACUCAAGUUCAACUGUCGGAGUCAGUUGGAGUGCUGGUGCGCACUACCUUCAUAGACCUGCAGUAGCCUAAUAAUUGCCAUACCACACCAAACCUUCACAAAAGUUGCUUAACGUUAUUAGGGUAAAAUCAAAAGUAAGUCAAGUCAUUGUUUAUAGGGAAAAUAGUAGUCUUUCCAUUUCAUGGUUUGAGUGCGAGUAGCAUAGUAUGCCUACCGGUAAUUAUAUUAUAUUGCAGCAAUUUGGCCAAUGAAAAUUGCUCAACAGAAUGAAACCUUAAAAAAAACAAAUGACAGCAAUAGGCUAAUGCUAUUUAUUUUACAACAGGCCUACUUUUAACCUUAAAGUAAAUAUGGAUCACAAAAUAACUUCAUUUAGCCAAUGAAAAUGUCUCAUCAAAGUGAAACAAAACACUUUUUGCAUAGGCUAUUUAAAGAACUGGUUUAGAUUAUUUAAAUAUUAAUUUACAAUACUAAUAAUGACUAAACAACUGGUAAUAAAUACAAAAAUAAACAAAUAAAAGGUAGAAAAUUGCAUCAAACCUGAAUAGCGAGUUUCACAAAGUCCAUUUGUCGCGCCAAUGUUCUUUGUCCACUACAUUAUAAAAACUUGUCCAAUCAACAGUAGCCUAGGCCAAGGCUCCUUUUACUCGCUCCUUCUCCUCGGCAGCAGGCGCACGUGAGGUGAGCAGCCGGAACCAGUUUCAGCUGGACAUAAGCUAUAUAUUUUAUUGAAUUGCAAUUGGCUGACAAAGAUAACAAGCUUGCGCAGUUCUCUUCACACAAACAUUCAAUUAAGAGGAUAGGCCCAAUCGGGUCCAGUCGGUAAAUCAAUUUUAAUUGCACAUUCCUGAGACCUGUGGCAAUUAUAUUAGAACCGACCCAGAUCCGAGACAAAAGUCAGAAUUUAGGGCACGGUCCCGGGUCGGAUCUCGGAAUUUCAGGUCUGUUGAAACUGUGAAGAUAUCUAGUGGAAAUACUGUACUGUGUAUUUGUCGUCAGUCUCAUACUGCCCCCUUGUUGUGUGUAUUUUACAUUACAGCACAGGGGAAAGUCAGACUGGAAGAAUGCUGUCUACAGUGGUUGUGUUACUGGGGGAGCAAUAGGAUUUCGUGGUGAGUUAUCUACUUAAUUUGUCAGUUGAAAUGUCCCAUGCAUUAAUAUCAUUUUGUUGAAAGAUAAUUGUUUCUAGCACUAAUUAUCUCCGUUCUAUCUUAUAGCUGGGGCGAAGGCUGGCGUGCUGGGAUGUGGAGGUUUCGCUGCCUUCUCUGCUGCCAUUGAGUACUAUCUU